ACACCGUUAAAAGGACGCGUUCAAUCACAUAGACAAUCUACACAAAACAUACGCUUAGGAAGAUAGAAUGUUGGUCAGAGGUGUUUAAAAUGCUUGAAGGCACACUGUGGGUCACAAAAGCCGUGUAACGUUUUUUUUUUUUUUGGUUGUGAACCAGACGAAAUCACUAAAGCGUUUAGGUAGAGGAGCGUCAGUAGCUUAGUUGUUUGCUCUCUUUCGGUCUGAACGUGGGACGUUUCAGAAGUGAGCUGUGCAUGCAUUUCAGUGAGUCCCUUCAUCAGCGGCUGCAGUUCCAGUGUGCAGGAAGGAGCAAGGACGUCCCUUUUCGCCUGGAAACCGGAGAUGCUAGGCGUGUACACUUUAUAAUCAUCGUCUGCUUCUGCAAGAUAACUUCAUUUUGGAGAGUCUAGUUAUCGUUUUUUACAGAUUCCAAUCGCCGGACAGAUUUGGCUACUUAGUCUACUUACACGGCUGGACCUGAAUGUGAGAUCGUGAGGAUAAAGAGGGCAGGAAUUAAAAGCCAUCGUCAUGGAUUUUGUCAUGAAGCAAGCGUUGGGAGGAGCCACCAAAGACAUGGGCAAAAUGCUGGGUGGCGACGAAGCUGAGAAAGACCCCGACGCGGAGAAAAAGGAAGAAGAAAGACAAGAAGCCCUUCGACAACAGGAGGAGGAGAGGAAGGCAAAAUAUGCAAAAAUGGAAGCGGAGAGAGAAAACAUCCGACAGGGAAUCAGGGAUAAGUACGGCAUCAAGAAGAAGGAGGAGAAGGAGGCUGAGGCCCAGGCUGCUCUGGAGCAGGCAGCAGAGGGGAGCCUCACCCGCCCCAAGAAGGCUGUCCCGCCUGGCUGUGGGGACGAGGAGGAGGAGGAGGAGAGCAUCAUGGACACAGUCAUGAAAUUUCUCCCCGGUCCCCUCAUGGAUAUGUUCAAUAAAAAGUAACAGUGUUGGCAGCGUUAGAUUCUCAACCUUCUGACAUGAAUAGCCAAGACCCCCCCCCCCCCCCUCCGACCAGCCCUUCUCCACCUGUACACCCCCCAUUCUAAGAUCCCCGGACUCUACGCGUCGUAACAUUUGUCCUUAACUUAUCUGAUCUGUCCGCAAUGUUACUUCGAGUCCUCAGAAAGGGAAGGCGUGGCGUUUUAAUCUGUGUAACAUCUGCAUAGAUCCAGUAACUUAACUUAAAGGCAAAUUUUGAUGGCCGGCAUUCAAGUUGUCCAGGUCUUAGAAUGUGUUCUGAUUAUCAACCAUAAUCCGCCCUUUUUGUUUGUAAAUACCUUAGAGUUUAAAAGAAAUAUACGUUAGUACCAGAAUAUAUAUGAAGAGUAUAAGCCAUAACUUUAACUUAUAAGAAAUUCUCCGAAUCAUACUGUAUCAACAUUUGUUUGAAUUUUAAUGUUUUGUUCCAGAUAAUAUUGAUCUAUAUACAUGUAGUGUAUAUAAAUAUAUAUAUAUAUAUAUAUAUAUAUAUAUAUAUUUGUGUGUAUAUAUAUGCUUUUAUUGGUUCUCCAUUGAGAAUUAAUCAGUUUAUUGCUCUAUGUCCCAAUACAUUAAUAUGUUUUAAUGUACAAUAUUAUGAUGGUAAGAGUAGCAAUGUUGUAAACCAGAAACAAAACUGAUCAUUCGUUCAACAAGAAGUGAUUUUAAAGCAUGCAGUCAUAUUUUCUGUGCAGUACAGUACAUGUACAAAUUCCAUUUAACUCGUGUGACGUGAAAUACAUUAAUAUAUAUGGCAAUAACUCUGGUUUUUAGUUUAAUUUCAAGUGACACUACUAUUUAAAAUAGGAUAUAUGUAAACAUCCUAAAUGCACCGACUGCAGAUUAUAGGAGUCCUCUAUAAUCUAAAAUCAAACAACACUGAAAAUGUUCUGACAUUAUUGUUAUCCCUCGAAUGUAUGUCUUGUUGCUAACUUUAUCUGCUUGGCUCCUGUAUAUUAGGAUGUGAGAAUCAAAUCUGACCAAAACAAUUGGACUAGAGGCCUAUGUGUUUACUCUUCUUCAUUUCCAUCCCUGUAAAUAUAGAUUUAUUAGGUGGAUUUGUACUUUCCACAACAGCAACCAUGCUGCAAACACACUUUAUGUGAGCAGACAGUGACAACGGUGCAAUAUAUUGUUCGAAAGGAAGUUGUCCUGUGUCCGUUGGUUAUCUAAAGGGAGUACAAUCCCCAAAUCAGCAAUAACAGACAAUCUUCAUUGUUAUGUGUAACGUGAGGUGUUUUAGUGUAAAGGCGCAGUGUUGACUGACUACAAAGCAUAGAACUUUGUCCACAUUAUAAAGGGUGUAAAAUAGUGGAUGAAGUUAGGGCUGGAUACAGAUUAAAACUAUUCCUGGACCCAGACAAAACUAAGCUCAAUGGAGAUUUUCUGUUUUUGAGUCUUGGACAACGCUUAACCUUUCUCUGUGAAAUCAACCCUUAAUGUCGUGUGUUGGAUCGGAUUGAUCAUUUUAACCAGCACGGGAUAUUGCCUCACAGUGGGAUUUUUUUUGUGGUAAUUUUUGUUCACAGAGAAAUCUGUACAAGAAUGUUGUUACUGCUAACUUCAGAGGCAUGGACACAAAAUAAGAAAGAGUUGUCUUCCACUUCUUAUACGCGUUGUCAAUUUUCUCCCCAAAGUUUCACUAGACAUUCCUCUCAUUCAGUUUCAAUGUAAACCUCAAAAUGUUUAAAGUUCUUUAAUCUCUUUCCCUCUAUUUCGUAAUUGAAAAUAAAUUAAGUGUAGAUGGGAUUUUCCAAACAUUCCAAAUAUUUCAGACAUUCCAUUGGGCCUGAAUUGUCUUCAUAGUGUCUUUGACAUAAAAUAUGACAAUUCUGUUGCUAGUGUGAAGAAUGGCUUUGAUGUCCUUCACUAACUGUGGGGAUUUUUUAAGUAGGAAGAGGAUUUGUAAGUGUAGGAUUAGUAGAAAUUCAACAUAUGACCAAGUAAAUGUCAAUAGCUAUCUAGCCUGCCGUGUACAGUAAAAAAGUCCAAUAUGUAAUUAAAAGAAUGACACAAUGAAUUAAAUAGCAGCUAGCUAACUUAUAGAUUACUUGCUAAUGGAUUGUUAAGCCUUUAUUCUGCAGUGAACAAGCUAGCUAGCUAGCUAUCUAGCAUUUGUCAUUAAUGCACAACCUGAGAUAACCACAUAUGCUUUCAAUGACAUUGUCAUUUGCUUGCAAACCAAUGGAUGUUGAGUGCCAAGCUAGGACAAGUACCAAGCUGUUUAGUGAUGGUAUUUAUGAAACUAACUGCCACUGUUCUCAUUGGCCUGGUGUUGAUGCUAGUUAGAUACAAGAUUAGCUGUUAGAUACCUGCCAAUUGUGAUUCUGGGGCUUUACUAAAGUAGUAGCUGUGAAAUAGAGAAGAAAACUCAGCAUGAUGUUAAACCUAGCUACAUACUGUACUGUAGUACGCUGUCAAUCCUCGCUGCCAAUUGUCUACAAUGUUUCUAGCUAGACCUGUGAAUCCACAGCAUUGAGGUCAUUUAUAGAGCACAUCUAACGUUCUGUGAUUUUUAUGUACUUAUGAACUGCCUUCAGCCUAUAAUUCGUCAGUGUGCUAAAAUUUUGCUUAGAUCAAUCACCAAUACUUUGUUGAUAUUAUACUAUUAUACCACAUAGCUAUACAGUAAUUAUUGGCACAUGCAUGCAACAGCAUUCAUCUUUGACAUGUUUACGACAUCAACAUUAACAUAACUGACAUGUUUUCUUCUUAAAACCAAAGAAUAGUUUUGUUAGCCGUAGACUGUCUCACGAAAUGUAUAUUUGUUUUUUUUAAUUUAAUUAUCCCAUGUUUUGUUUAGUUGAAAUUCUCAGGUAUUCUAGCCUUUCUUUUUGUAUGUCUUUAAUCACAUUUUCUAGUGAUCAUUUCAUGACCACGUUGUAGUUUGAAGAAGUAGUAUUUUGUUUCAAAAGGAAGAAGCAUACAGCAUUUUUUAUUUGCAAGGAUAAUGGGUGGACAGCAUCUGGCUUGCCUCUUGUCGAUUUUUUAUACAGAGCUACAUAAACUGCCCAACUCGACAAGAUCUUUCAGCUACUUACGGUUGAAAACCUAUCAAUUUACAAAUUUCCAGGAGACACACAUUGUAAAACACUGAUCAAACAGGAUAGUGCUCCCCCUCACCACUUCAAACAUCAUUUUCUAACAGUCACUUCCCAUUGUACACUGAAAUAGUCAAGUUUUGACCACCGUUUGAAGAAACAAGUCACCAGUUGGUUUGCGAUUCCAAUUUACACCAUGUUGGAUCAUUGUCGAUCAUCUCAUUCAUGCUUACAAGUGAAACCAUUAUUUCAUUACACCCCUCAUCGAUAUGAUAAAAACUGCCUGACAAAAAUGCCACUUAAAAUACUCCUUAGUUGUGACUUGAGUGUAACUGUCCGAUGUUUCUACCUUUGCAUUGCAUUUGACUGUUUUGUACGUGUUGAGAAGAUGCUUAUUCUGGUGCAGUUCUCUGUCAGUAUCGUUCCUGUUUCUGUCCACUAUGGUUGUUCUUUGUGAGAUCAGUUUUUAGAUGAUUUUGUAUUGUAAAAUCUUCUCACCAUUCUCCCCCCUCUCUCUCUUUUCGCUCUCAGUAUUUGUUGACGGUUCUAUGUAUGCAUGCUUGUGGUGUUUGAUGUAGGCAAGGUUGUCAAUGUAAUUGUUUUGUGUCUUUGUGUGUUGAAAAGCUUCACCUGUUAGCCUCACUGCAUGACAUUUUAGGCUGACCUUUUAGUCUCUGUAACAUUCCUGCCAAAAUGGAAUCACGACACACUCUGAGAAUAAAGUGAUUUCAUAUAAUU